UCGCCGGUAAUAAAAAAAAAAAUGAUAAUAAUUUUUUUUAAAGUAUGUAAAUCGCCGGUGCGCCAAAUAAAAUCUCACGCGGCGAGAUUGUAGUUUUCAAAUAAUAUGGACCAGUCACGGGUACGUCGCGUUAUUAUGCAAGUGUUUCUGUAAAUGUAGACAUUAGCUAAUGUUACCUAGCUACGUUAGCUGAAUAAAAAACGAUAGCAAGUCACAGGUAAGUGUUUUAGCUAAUGUUAUCCAGCCCCGUUAGCUGUAUAUGUAAGAAUAUGGAGUCACGGGUAAAAGUGUUUUAGCUAAUGUUAGCCAGCCCCAUUACCUGUAUAAGUAAGCAUACGGAGUCACAGGUAAAAGUGUUUUAGCUAAUGUUAGCCAGCUACGUUUGCUGAAUAAAUAAGAAUAUGUCGUCACGGGUAAGUUUUUGAUAUGGGUGAGCAAAGAGGUUUGGACUCAGGUGACUCCAAACUACACACUCUUGGAGGUUACCUGCUAAAUACAACGCUUUAGCUACUCCAUUCCUCUAGGUGGGGGUAGUUACAUUUGUAAUUGCAAAGGGCCAGCAAAGUAACACAAGGGAGAAAGGGAUCUUGCAAGAACGUCGCUGGUCAUGGUUUUGCACUCGCUUUUCUCCUUAUAAUCCACUUUUUAGCUUCAGUGCAGCUGACAUCCUGAGACAUGUACCGCUCCAUUGAAAGGAUCAUAUACAGUGGAGGAAGAAUGUGCACAUUUAUGCCUCCUUACUCGCAGUCACCAUUGUGGAUGUUGAGAGGCACGGGAGAGCAGGAGCGAUACAGGAUGGCAGUGCAAUGUCAGCGGUGUUCAGUCCGACAUAUGAACUCUGCAACCAGAAAGAGGAGAGCUCUUCGUAGUGCCUUCCCGGUGUUAGACCUGCCCCUCCAGGCCAUCCACCAGCACGUUUAUGAAGCUAACCUUCGAAACAGCAAUGCCUGCCACAACAAGUACAUGGAGCUGAAUAAGAAGGUGACUAAAGGAGGAGGUGACAAUGCCAUUAUAAGACACACUCAGAGGAACAGGAAGUUGUUGGCUAAGGAUCGACUGUGCCUACUAUUGGAUGAUGAAGACUUCCUAGAGCUCUCACGCUUUGCGGGUUUGGGUCUGCCAUAUGGAGAUAUUCCAUCUGCCGGCUGCCUGACGGGUGUUGGCAGGAUCAAUGGUUUGUGGUGUGUGUUCAUUGCCAAUGAUGCCACAGUAAAGGGUGGCACAGCUUAUCCAAUCACAGUUAAGAAGCAACUGCGAGCACAAGAGGUGGCGAUUCAGAACCGCCUGCCCUGUGUCUAUCUGGUUGACUCUGGAGGAGCUUUUCUACCACUGCAGUCAGAGAUCUUUCCUGAUAAGAACCAGGGUGGGAGGACAUUUUAUAAUGAAGCCAUCAUGUCUGCAAUGAAGAUUCCACAGGUGUCGGUGGUGUGCGGUUCAUGCACAGCGGGUGGAGCUUACAUCCCCACCAUGGCAGAGGAGGCGGUGAUGGUGCACCGGAUAGGGACCAUGUUCCUGGGAGGACCGCCACUGGUCAAGGCUGCCACAGGCGAGGAAGUCACACCAGAGGAUCUUGGAGGAGCAAGGCUUCAUGCUGAGGUGAGUGGCUGUGUGGAUCACUUUGCCUGGGAAGAGGAGGAGGCCUUUGAGUGCACCAGGAACAUCAUUGCCACCCUCAACUUCACACUGCCUGAGGAGGAGGAGGAUGAAGAGAAGAUAAGGAAGAGGAAAGAAGAAGAGAAGCCACUUUAUCGUUCAGAGGAGCUACUGGGACUUGCCCCCAGAAGUUACAACUACAGUCUGGAUGUUAAAAUGGUUAUAAGUCGACUGACAGACGGCAGCCGCUUCCAGGAGUUUAAAGCUUGUUUUGGAACCACACUUGUCACAGGCUUUGCAAAGAUACACGGUCACCUGGUAGGAAUAGUAGCCAACAAUGGAGAGCUGUCAUAUCAGGCUGCUUUGAAAGGCAGCCACUUUGUCCAACUUUGUGACCAGAGAGAUGUCCCACUCCUCUUCCUCCAGAACACUGCACCAUCAGCCGGACUCACCCUCUCAGUGUCACAGGCAGAGAUGAACAGUAACCGUCUAAAGGCUCAAGGUUCAAUGAUGUCAGCGGUGGCCUGUGCUUCUGUACCCAAAAUCACUGUAGUGAUAGGUGGUUGCCACGGUGCUGACAGCUAUGCAAUGUGUGGACGGUCUUUUGACCCUAACUUCCUGUUCCUGUGGCCCAAUGCAAGAGUGUCCGUGACUGCUGCCGGUCAUGUUGGCCCUCUGCUUCACUCCGACAGUGAGCAGCAGCAGGAGGAGGAGCUGGAGCGAAACAAAAUGGAGGACAACCUGAACGCGACAUUAGAGGAGGAGAGCUCAGCUUUUUUCUCCUCUGGACGACUUUGGGAUGAUGGAGUCAUUCUCCCUCAAGACACUCGAAGGGUUCUUCGGAACUGUAUGAACAUCAUCAAACAGCAGCACAAUCAACUUUCGACAGAGAAACUGCAAUCAGCACUUCUACGAUUUUGAAAUGUCUGUUGUACAAAAUAAUUUUGAUUUAAAUUGUAAUUAUUGAAUGUCAUCAUUUCUAUUGAACAAGUGCCUCUUCUUAGAUUACAGUAUGGCUUAUGUUGUAGGAGAUAAUGUAACUUGUUUCAUUUUGCAUAUCCCAGCCGAUUUAAGGUGAGAGGCAAAGGACAACCUGGACUAGUCAACAUUGCACCUGUAGUUAAGUGGUCUCAAAACUGUGUUUUAAGUUAGACAGAAUAUUACCAGUGGGUAUUCUCGCCCUGAAUGCCUCCAGUGACUUCAUGUUGAAGAAUGAUUUGUUUUGUUUUAGAAAAGUACGUGGUUCUGCUUGCCGUCCCUCACGUGCUGCCUUUAUUGACAUAGAAAUGUAUUUUUCUUAUGCUCCCAAAUCAGCCCAGCAGCGGUAAUGACACCACAAAAUAUCAAAUAUGUAUAUCCAAUAAUGUGUACUACAAGUUGACUGUGACAGUACAGAGUAGUUGGCCUCAAAAUGUGCCCAUAAGACCUGUUUACGUUGUCAAGUGUUUUAUCAUUGCUCGUAAAGCAUCUCAAUCACCGGAAUAAAACCCUGUUGUAACAUUUCUAGACAACAAUCAUGUUAUGUCUUGAUGCCUGUGGUGUUAUGCAGUCAGUGACAGAAUAUAUUGACAAAGGAUUCAGAUACACUAAAUAAUUUAAUCUUAUCAGGUGUUGAUUUAUACCCCGUAUUUCCUCUUUUACAGGAUAGGGCCUGAUUUACUGAGAUAACAAAUAGCGGGCAGAAAAUUGCUCGUUAUUGUGAAACUGAAAGCUACUUCUCCGGCAGGCCUUCACUCAGUUCAACAUAUGGAAACUCUGGCACAUACUCCAAAAUUUUGUAGAAAGCCUUCUGAGAAAAUGAAGAAGCUGUUAUUGAUGCCCACGAUGCCCAACUUUUGUCGACAGUGUAUUUUGCAUGCUGAGUUGUUUGACUGAAAAACGGCCAUAACACGCAACAACACGUUCAAUAUGUGCAUUUUAAAAACUAAAUCACAGGUUUUCCACAUUUAAAAAGCCCACAGUCACACUGGAGAUAUCCAUCGGUGCAUUGUCCUAUAAACGUCUCAGAUUUUUAUUUCGUUAUACAAUGUUGCAAUAUACCAAGACAGAGAUAUAUUUCAAAAUUCAUCAAUGUUGUGAUGUUCCUCAAUAUAAAACUAUACAGUACAAAGUGGUUCAAAGUAGCUCCAUCUGUAGCAUUAACAACAACAACAUGCUGCUUCAUUAUUAAUACUCUUCAAAUGUUGUAUAACACAUCAACCGAUGAGCUACUAGACCUGGAUGCAUCACAAAGACUGUUGCAGCUGCUAGACCUCGCACUUUGGAUAUUUGGGAUGGACGUGGGGGUCAUGGCUUGUAGAAGCCAUGAAAAGUCACUGGAAAGAUGUUGUCAACCUCUGCCCUGGCCAGCUCUGUCAGUUUGGCGGCAUCCAGCACCAACAAGAAGCCUGGCCUCUCUGCUCCUGGCUUCACAACAAUACUGAGCAGCACACCUAUGGACACACAUAAUGGAGCUCAAUGUGGCUUUGCUUUAGGCAGCUUGUGCUCAGCAUGAGGGGCAAGUAGCCUACUUCUAUUUUAUAAAAACACGUAUACAUAUACGUUUAAUUGUUGCAUUUUUUUAACGAUAAGAAAACUGAAGUGACAGUUUUUGGUCCCAAGUGGCUCUUGUAAAUUUUCACUCGUUGACCAGGGCUCUUUGACACAAUACGCAAAGGCAACAGUCUCAAACUUGGGUUUUAAAAUAGACAGCGAUUUUAAAUUGGAUCAGCAGUCAAAUCCAGCUUUUUUUUUUUUUUUUUUUUUUACAUUAGGCAGCUGGCAAUAGUAAAACCUUUCCUUGCACAAGAGCACUUAGAAAUAGUAAUCAUGCCUUUGUUUCAUUUCGGUUGGAUUACUGCAAUGCACUUUAUUUUGGAGUUAGUCAGUCCUCCCUGAAACAUUUCCAGUUGGCUCAAAAUGCUGCUGCUCUUCUCCUAACCGGAGUACGUAAGAGGGAGCACAUAACUCCAGUCCUGACCCCCCUCCACUGGCUACCUGUGUCAUGGUCUGUGUUUUGGUUUGGGUUGUGUUUAGUUUUGUUCCAUGUUUUCCUGUGUUCCAUGUUUGUCGUGUGCUCAUUAGGUUGUUGUGUCCACCUGUUCUCGUCUACUUUGUGUCGACCAAUCAGCUCUCUCCAGCCACUCGUGUCUUGUCCAGGUGUUCCUCGUUGUCUCGUCAAUUUGUUUGUAUUUAGUUCCCUGGUUUCUUUCAGUUCUUGUCGGUUCAUUGUCGUUGUCACAUGUCUUUGCCAUGUCAUAGUCGUCAGUUGUCUUUAUCAUUGUGGUAUGUCAUUGUCAGGUGUCCCUAUCUAUUCCACGUCUUACUUACAGGUCAUAGUUUGUUUCCAGUUUUAGAUAUUCAAGCGUUUCUUUGUUACUGUGGUUUGAUUAUCUGUUGUGGGACUUUGUUCAGUUUUGCUUUAGCCAAUAUCCUUGUUUUCCCUUUUUGAAGAUUAAAUAUUAUUCUUUUGAGACUCCCGCACUCCUGCCUUGCCUCCCUGCUUCCCUGCAAUUGGGUCCACCGUGUUCUUGCCUUGCGUUACUCUCCUUCGCCCUAACCACGUACGUGACAUCCUGUGCAUUUUUGAAUACUUUUUAAGAUUAUUUUAUUUGUUUUUAAAUCUCUAAAUGGUCUGUCCCUGCCUUACCUCGCUGAGCCACUCCAUCCCUGUGCCCCUUCCCCCGUGCCUCAGGUCAGGUGAUCAGCUGCUUCUUGAGGUACCGAGCUUUUUUUGGAACAUGUCGCAGCCAUAAAAUUCGAAGUUAAUGAUUAUUUGCUAAAAACAAUAGUGUAUCAGUUUGAACUAUGAAAUAUCUUGUCUUUGUAGUGUAUGCAAUUAAAUAUAGGUCG